AACCUCACAUGAGAACGUGGAGAGAGAGGGAGAGAGAGAGGAACAUCCAUGGGCUGCCUCCCGUGCCCCCCCAACCGGGCACUGAACCCACAACCCUUCGGUGCACAGGACGGCGCUCUGGCCAGGGCUUGGCUCGGGUUCUACGGAAGCAGAAAGGGGUGGGGGUGGCCGCUCGAGGGGGAGAAUGCGGACAGAGGGCGUGUGUCCCUGCCGCUGGCGGUACUCCCCACGCGGCGUGGAACUACCGUCCUCACGGGGGUCCCCAGGUCCUCGGAGGAGCAGCUGAGCCGCGCCUACCACCUGCUGACGGCCCAGCUGAGGCAGGAGCACGCCGAGGUCCGCCUCUCCGCCUUCCAGGUCGCCGAGGAGCUCUUCGCCCGCUCCCACCUGUUCCGGCUGCUGGUCGUGUCCGACUUCCAGGGCUUCCUGGAGCUCACGCUGGGCACCGACCCCCGGCAGCCCCUGCCGCCCCCCCGGGAGGCGGCCCAGAGGCUGAGGCAGGCUGCCGCCCGGGCUGUGCAGGGCUGGAGCGAGAAGUUUGGCGCGGCCUAUAAGAAGCUCGCCUUGGGCUACCACUUCCUGAGACACAGCCAGCAGGUGGAUUUUCAGGAUGUGAACGCCAGGACGCUGGCGGAGAGAAAGCGAGAGGAGGAGAAGCAGAGGCGUUUAGACAGAAUCUACCGGGAAAGGUCCGAGCAGGCCGUGCGGGAGAUGGAGGAAAUGUCCGGGGACAUCCGGGACUGCCUCACGGAGGUGGACAGCUGCUUCCAGCUGCUGGUGCCCUUCGACUUGGGGCCGCACCGGGGGGCCGUCGCGCCUGCUGUGGCCUCUGGGGCGCCCGAGGAGGGCCCCCCUCGCCUGGCCAGUGCCCCGGACCUCGGGGACGAGGAGCAGCCCUGCUGCAGCAAGAGCCUGCCUGCCUGUGUGCGCCGCCCAGUGGCCACCACGGGGGCCUCCUCGGAGGACGAGGAGGAAGGCGAGGACAGCGACCAGGAGGACUUUGUGCGGAGCCAUGGGCUGGGCUCCCACAAGUACACGCUGGACGUGGAGCUCUCCUCAGGCAGCCUCAGGGUGCAGGAGGACGAGGACAACUGCGCGGUCAUCCAGUCGGCCCGGGACGCGCUCAAGCUCAUCCAGAACAAGUUCCUGCCGGCUGUGCGCACCUGGGUCCAGCUGUUCACCCGCGCAGGUACCCGUGGCCAGCACUUGGAGGCCGCCAUCGACUUGAAGGCUGAGCUGGAAACCGCCCUGCGGAGAUCCCAGGAGCUGGACAUUGAGCCUGAGGGGCCUCGCACGAGGGAGGGCCAGUAAACAACCUUCCUGUGACGUGGCCCCUCCAUCACGCUGAAGGCCAAGCCGCUGCCUCGAGGGGCUGAGAGCAGGGAGGGUCUGCAUGCUGAUCUCCUGAGGACUGAGGAGCAUCUCAGCCAGGCCUCUCCCGCCCCAGCGCCCCCUCCCCCCCACCUCCCCCCUGCAAACACCUGCAUCAGCUCGCCUUCCCAACGGCCCUGCCAGCCCUGUGCGCCAGCCACCUUCACAUGUUGUUCCUCUAACUCCAAAGGCAGCUCCCCCAGGGGUUAUGCUAUCGCCCAUUUUACAGGUGGGAAGACUGAGUCGGGCAGUUGUGUGAGCCUUGUCUUCCUCCCAAGGCUGAGCCACCCAGGGAGGGUGCCACCCACAGUGUCACAGGGCGGGAGUCCUGCCUCCCGAGCUCUGGGAGGCCAGGCCGAGCCAGAGAGCAGGACUCCUCAUCGAGCUUCCUCUCCAUGCUGGAAGCACCUCCCCAGCCAGGAAGCGAGGUCUCGUCAGGUGCAGGAGCUCAGGGGGAAGGCUCUGUGCCCUGCGCACUCUUGACGGCUGCGGCCUCCAUGGCGCACCUGUGGUCGCUGGAGGAGAGGGCUGUCCAUUGGACCAAAGCCUGGCGUGGGCGCCCGGCCUGUCCCCUGGCUGCCUCUGCUGAGGUUCACGCAUGCGCCCUUACCUGCCUGCCCGCUGCCCAUUUGCCCAGACCCAGCAGAGCUGGACCCCAGCCUCACCCCCGAGAUGGACCUCCAGGCUCAGCACCCUCCUACCCCAGCAACGGGCCGGGCCACGGGAGCAGCCCCACGCAGGCUGCAUGCCGCUCACUCCUGCGAGCCAUCAGGCCAGAGAGGGAAGGGACAGCCCUUCGAGGACGGGCGGCUCCUGUCCCCAGCUCAGGGCUGGGCCACGCAGGCUGUGGGGUCCGUGCGCUCACACGGCCAGCCCGCUGCCCGUGUCCUCUGCUCUCUGAUGCUGCUGAGAUAGCGGCCUGGCUGGGCAAUUUGCACGGCCUUCUGGGAGGGCAUUAGCAUAUAAAUAGCCGCCGGAUGACGGCCAUCACAGCUGAGCACGUUUAAUUUUUAGUUUAUAAGAUAGAAUGGGGUUUUAAAUGCAUAGCCAUCAAGGCUGAGAGACAAAUGCAGGUGGGAGCUCACUUGUCUGACGAGGCCUUACAUCAUUUUUUUUUUAAAAGGGAAACACACAUAAACUGAACAGAAGUGAUUUCUUGGGUGAAAAGUAAUUGAGAUUGCGCACCGAGUUAAUUAGAUCGCACAGAAUUUAUUUAAUGGUCCCAGCUGUAUCUCGGGCGGGCCUGGUGGGCGGGCUGCCCUGGCGCGAGGCGCGCAUCCCAUCCCCUCUCCGGUAAUUAGUAACCUCGCUACCUCACUUCUGCAAACUGAUUGCGUUGUAUAUUUUAGCCGUUUUAUUGCUUGUUUAAUUAUGAUUGUGGAGGCUCAUUUUUCUAGAUCCUUUUAACUGUGGGUGAAGAAUCCGUUCGUAUAGAACCAGCGAGGCCAUGGCCUCCUCCAGGCCUCCCUGGCUGCGGGCGGGCUGAUCGUCUGAAAGCUUAGAAAAGCCCAGGAGGAGUCCGGUGGCUGCAGGACUGACCACCUGCAGGGCCCUCACCUGUUAGGGGUGAGCACGUGGCCGGCGUGACCUUCACGAGUCCCAGACGAGGAGCCAGGUCAGGUCGAGAUCUGAAGCUGCUCCGGGGACACUGACAAGAAAAGCCCAAUGGCCUGCCUUCAGCUGAGGCCACCUCAGGGCGUGACCUCCUCCCAGAGUCCUCGGGCAUCCUGGCCCCUGCUCUGCCCCCAGCGCCUCCCCCACCGCCUCUCAGUGCAGGCUUCUGACCCCAUCCAUGACCUUUGACCACGUGGGGAGGUUGUUGCUGCUGCCUUGAACCUCGGGGCUGGCCCCAGGAGCUCAGGUGCAGGCCUCCGUGGCCAGCUGUGCUGGGUCCAAGGUUGUGGGAGGAGUGGCAGCCUGGGGGGCGGUGCUUCUUGGAACAGGUGCUUGGUGGGAGGCCCACGGGCAGGCCACGCACGCGGAGGCCACGGAGGGCGGGGCAGCAGUGCCUUCCCCACCUGCCUGGGCGCACAGUUGCCUGGAGCCCCGUGCAGACUCCCUGGGCCUGUUGAGCUCCCCUGGGACCUGACACGGCAGUGGGAGCUGUCGAGCUGAGGGUGGUGUUGGCCGGAGGCUGCUCUCGGCUGCAGUGAGCUGUGACCCAGCGCUGAGGGUGGCCCUGCUGGCACCUCCGGAGGCAGUUCUCACAGGCCCUCGCCCCAGCCUGUCCCGGACUCGGGAGCGGAGGCCACGCUCCGUGUUUAAGGAGUGGAGUGAAGGUGUGUGUUCCUGCUCGUUAGCUCAGCAGCUGGAUAUGUUUUAGAAAGUGAAAAUUUAACACAAGUCCCUGGUGAAAUUCGAGGGUGGGAGCAAUAAGCACAAUCUUUUAUGAAAAUGACCCCCAUAUUUAAAACGUGGCAUCUGCGUUCUGCAUUGUAGCACCCGGUCGGUCCACAUCUACCUUUUAGGAAAUUAAAACACAUAAAUUCUGUUUAGUGUUGGGUGCGCACUAUGAGGCUGGGAGCCGUCAUGCCCUCGAACCUUGGGCUGCUUUCCCUUUCAUAAAUUCCGGGGAGAUUCUAUACAAAAAUAAUUUUCAGGUCCGCGGCUCAUUGUUAUUCAAACGUGAUUGAUUGUCGUCAUUUGCUCAGCUCGGGAGUUAAGUGCCCCUGUCAUUUCCAAAGAGUAUAAUUGGGACGUUUCACAGGUCAGCGGCGGAGACAGGCUUCCCUUUGAUCAGUGUUAGGCUGAUAACAGAAAUUGCCGUUUCCAGUGAUGGAUGUCUCCGCACUCCAGGCAGGGCUGCCGGAACCCAAACCAAGUGCAUUUGCAUCUGAUUAUGCCUCUGGGCUGCGGAACCAGGUACCGCCUGCAGCCCAGGGUGCCUCGGCCCGGACUUGGCCGUGGGGCCACGCGCCGCCCCCUGUGGCCAGUGUUGUGUCGGGGCCUGUGUCCGAUGGUCCUGAACCUGCGUUUGCCCCUGAGCCUGACCAGCCCGUCGCUGGUGCUCAUGGGACAGGGUCUGUCUCCUUCCUGCUGCCUUUC